UUCAGCACCAGGCACCGCAGACCAGAGGGGUUUAAGAAGGCAUCGCACCUCCAGCCAACCCCACGGAGCAUGAUGGACGAGACACCGAACUACAGGGUGCGUGAGGAUUAAAGCACUCGGGAAAAACAAGCCAGCCCUCUGGAGAAGCUGUUGAAAUCCAAGACUGGCAAGAGCAGCCAAUCCCAUCUCUCAUACUUGUGGUUUCAGAAACCUAUCACUUCUCCAUCUCUGAGGAGAGGUUCCUUCCUCGGGAAAGUGAAAAUAAUGGACUUUUGGAGGCAUUACUUUUUAACUUUCACUAUGCUCAGUGUGGUUAUUUAUGUGAUACUCUACCAUAGCCAACUGAGACCAACAAAACGUUCCGAGAAGCUAAACAGUUCCAGUGAACAGUAUUUUACAAUAGAUGCCUGCAAUUAUGCCUUAGAAGAGAAAUUGGUCUUUUUGUGGAGAAAGACAUCAUUGCCUUUGGGAAGUGUCCCUUGCAAGGACUACCUGACCCAGAAUCACUACAUCACAAGCCCCCUGUCAGAAGAAGAAGCUGAGUUCCCUCUGGCAUAUGUCAUGGUCAUCCAUAAGGACUUUGAUACUUUCUCAAGGCUCUUUAGGGCAGUCUACAUGCCCCAAAAUGUCUACUGUGUUCAUGUGGAUGAGAAAGCCACAGCUGAGUUUAAGAAAUCUGUGCAGCAGUUACUGAGUUGCUUUGAAAAUGCUUUUCUGGCUUCUAAGAUGGAGCCAGUUGUCUACGGUGGGAUUUCCAGGCUCCAGGCUGACCUGAACUGCCUCAAAGACCUUGUGGCCUCCAAGGUUCCGUGGAAGUACAUCGUCAACACGUGUGGCCAGGAUUUCCCCCUGAAAACCAACAAAGAAAUAGUUCAGCAUCUGAAAAGAUUUAAAGGGAAAAAUAUUACCCCAGGGGUACUGCCCCCAGCUCAUGCAAUUGGACGGACUAAAUACGUCCACCGAGAGCACAUAGGCAAAGAGGGCUCUUUUGUGAAAACUACUAAUAUUCUGAAAACCUCACCUCCACAUCAGCUGACCAUCUACUUUGGCACUGCCUAUGUGGCCCUCACCAGAGAGUUUGUCAACUUUGUCCUCUCUGACAAAAAGGCUAUUGAUCUACUACAAUGGUCAAAAGAUACCUACAGUCCCGAUGAACAUUUCUGGGUAACACUCAAUAGGAUUCCAGGUGUCCCUGGCUCUAUGCCAAAUGCAUCCUGGGCCGGUAACCUCAGAGCUAUAAAGUGGAUUGACAUGGAGGAUAAACACGGAGGCUGCCAUGGCCACUAUGUACAUGGCAUUUGUAUCUAUGGAAAUGGAGAUUUGAAGUGGCUGAUUAAUUCACCAAGCCUGUUUGCUAACAAGUUUGAGCUUAAUACGUAUCCUCUUACUGUGGAAUGCCUAGAGCUGAGGCUUCGAGAAAGAACCCUCAAUCAGAGUGAAACUGCGAUACAACCCAGCUGGUAUUUUUGAUCUCCAGCAACAGGCGACUGAAGGGAAAUUGCGAUGGGGAAGAGCCUUUCUUUGUGAGACUUUUGCCUUGGUUCGGUUAACAGUUUCAGGACCACAGUAAUGGCCUCAGGACCUGGCUACCUACUUAAACUAUCCACUGGACACUGUGAAGUACGCUCAAAGGAUAGCCAGGUGGAGUGAUCCUGGCACUUCGGCCAGUCUGGCAGGUAUUGGUGCCCCCUUCUAUGUGAGGUGACUGUUAUGAUCAACGAUAAAUUUAAAUGUCGUUAGAGCUUUGCACCAGACACACAUCAUAUAUAAAAUGUUCUAAUAAAAAGGAGAAUCGUAGAUAAUACUAUUUAGGAAAAUAAGAAUUAGGGUUCUUUAAAGAAAAAAUCUUUUAUAACACUAAUAAGCAGCACUCUUUGCUCAACCAAACAUAGAUAUAGAAACAGCUUUCUGGGUAACACCAAUUUGCUUUAAAAUGUAAAUUACUAGAAUUGAGAAUAGAUCUUUUUCCUGAAUUCCAACACUAGCACUUCCAGUUUAACCAAGUCGAAGGUUCUGUAUAUGGUAUAGAGGCGUUAACAAGAGACAGGAUGUGCUUUAAGACGGAAGUCACUGUCUGCUGCUCCAGGAAAAGAACCUGGGGGAAACAGAGUACGUCUCUAUUAUACCCUGGAGUGUGCUCUGAUUCCUCUUCCAUGUUUUCCAUUAAAAACACUGAAAAGUCCUUGCAAGAAUGAAGAUAUGCCUACAUGAGUGGUGCUAUGGAACCUAGUCUCAAGUCUGGAACAACUCAGAAUGAAUCACUGUCCUCUUCUGUGACCUCCCCCCCCCCCAUAUUAUCUCACUUGCAAAACAGAGACCAAAUUCUAUCCUGCGAGGCUUUGAACUACACCCUAGUGUUCUCUGAGUAGCUUUACAAUGCCUGGUGCUGAUAGGAGUGCCUCAAUUUUUAAGAGCUUUCAGCCUUGGGUGAGCAUCUCUCUCAUUUAUUCCUCACUCAUUCAUUGAGCCUGCAUUCAGUAAAUAUUGUUCAGGUGCCUAUUGUGCCUCAGACAUGUGCUGAUACAAGAAGGAAAAAUAAGAAGUGUUUUCACCCUAAAAAUCAUGGGAAUAGUGUCAACAUUGGAAAGGCUGCUCUGGAGAAUCUGGAUGGUUGUAUUUAACACAUUCAUAUGGAGGGUUGUAUGUAUGUUGUGAUAUUCAGCCAAGGGGAUCACUGAUAACCAAUUGAGGAUUACAUUGGAGAUUAUUCAGAAGAGCGGGGGGCAGGAGGAGACAGAAGCUAAAGCCUGUUGUGUUCUACACACUCUGCUAACUCCUUUGUACGUCUCAUUUCAUUCAAACCUCCAAACACUCUUGUGAGGUUUGCAUGAUUACCCCCAUUUUGCAGAUGAAGUAACUGAGGCGUAGAGAGGUUAAUCAGCCUUAGGAAACCAAUUCUCUGAGAACUGGGAUUUUCUUACUGGCCUCAGUUCAUUUCCUGAGUUAGAUAUUUAAUACAUGUUUAGUAUGCCAGAGAAGAUAGGUUUUAAAAUGGUCUCAGUGUUAAUAUUGAGAAAAAGUUCUGUUACAUCAGAAAAAUGUGAAGUCUGCUUUAAUAUUCCUAUAAUCCAUUGAGUUUCUAAAAUAUUUAUUUAUUCUAAUGAAAAACGAUUACUACAACUGAUGAUACAUUUAAUUAACAUAAUUUUUUUUCCUGUAACUGUACUUGUUGAAUGUUAAUCAUAUUUAAAGGGAAUGACUUUGAAGUAGAACUUUCUUUUUUCCUGCUACUGAAAAAUCGAAUGGAAUUGUAUCGUAUGGCAAAGUGUUGAGGGAUGGGGAACACACCCAGGGUCAGCGGCGAAGUUUAAAAUUGUCUCUGUUCAAUUUAUUAUCUAAAUGAUAGCAUCCGAGAAGAAAAAAACGUUUCACACUGGAUCUUUCUUCACGUAGAACAAGAAAUCUUUCUGGAAUAGAAGAUGUUUACAUGUCUGUUGCUAGUCAUCUCUCCUAUGUCUGAAUAAUUUAAUAUUGGAAGAGCCUAGUGUUUGGGCUAGUGGAUUUCUGCUAGCCCACAGGGAUACCCUGAAACUACUGUAUCUGUCUUUGUUUCCAAUGAUG